UUGGUUUUACGGACAUUUGUAAACAGUGUACUGAACGGGACUUCACCGAGUUGGAAGGGCGAUACACACAAAUUGUCCUAAAGUUACCAAUUUAGAUAAAACAAGUACUGUUCCCAGUAUUUGACCAAGAAUUUAAUUGUUUAAUAAAAGCUAUAUAAAAAAUGCCGGCUUAUCAUUCAAGUUUGGAAUCUUCUGUAACACUAUGCAAGAUGGCACUUCUACCUUUAAAUACAAAAUUCAAAGGCCCUGCUCCUCCUGCAGCCAAUGGGAGUGCUGAUAUUAUUGAAGAAACUCUUCAAUUUUUCAAAGCAAAUGUUUUCUUCAAAAAUUAUGAAAUUAAGACUCCAGCUGAUCGUGUAUUAAUUUAUCUUACAUUGUAUGUUACAGAAUGUCUCAAGAAGUUACAAAAGAUUGCAACUAAAGAAGAAGCCAAAAAAGAAAUGGCAACAUUAGCUAUUUUGAACUUCGAUAUUCCUGGUGAUGCAAAGUUUCCAUUAAAUGCACUAUAUGGCAAGCCUCAGGAUAAAAAUGAAGCCGAUCAAGUUCGUGCCUACUUUUUACAACUACGACAAGAACUUGGUCAAAGACUUAUUGAGAAAGUUUAUGAUCCAGCAACAAAUCGUCCUUCAAAGUGGUGGAUGUGUUUUGUUAAGCGAAGGUUUAUGGAUAAAUCAUUGUCAGGACCAGGAAUGUAAUGAAACAAAAGCGUAAGAAACGAUGAAAUUGUUACUAAAGGAUGAUGAAACACUGAAGGACUUCUUUUGUUUUAAUUUCGUUUUAUGCAGAUGGCUCUAAUUUCAGUUUGGUCUCGUGUUUUUACUAAUAUUUUUUUUUUUUUUUGUUAAUAUUAUUUGUUUUAUAUAAUAAUUUUUUAGGGAGUCCGUAAUUUUCGAUA